CCACACAAACACACACACACACACACACUCACACACAACUUCAGCCCUUGGAGUUGAUGAAGUUUCCCUCUAAACUUUCAUUCACCGCGGAUCAGCCCACUAUUCAGCAGCAUGGCUCUACCAAACAAGUGGUGGAUUUUGUGCGCCGUCGUCGGUGUGGCCCAUCUGGGGUCUUGCAGAAGAGACGAACAAGCAGAUGGAGCACUACAUGAGCUUUUCAUCUUCGAAGAGUUGUGUUCCCAGAAGGACGACCCAGGGCCUUGCAAGGCCAUUAAGGAGAGAUUCUUCUUCAAUAUCAACACGGGAACCUGUGAGCAGUUUGAGUAUGGAGGCUGCGGAGGAAACGCCAACAAUUUUGAGACUUUGAAAGCAUGUGAGGAAACGUGCGUUGUCUCAGAUGACAAGAGCCCAUGUCAUUUGGCAGAGGCUCCCGGUCCCUGCAGAGGGUUGGUGACACGUUACUUCUUUGACAGCGAGAGUCAGCAGUGCAAAGCCUUCUUUUACGGCGGCUGCUUCGGCAAUGCCAACAACUUCAGGAGCAUGGCAGCAUGCCAGGCAAAAUGUCAGAACCAAGCAAAACCCACUAAGGCACCAGAAGUCCAUACAGAGUCUGUGAGAGAGUUUGCUCUUGUGCAGCCAACCAUAUCAGCUGGAGAACCGCCUGUAAAUGAACCUCAAGUGCAACCAAAGGACACUGAUCAAGAGACCAAAGAGCUGAAGCCUGAAGCGGUGUGCUUCAGUCCUGUGGACAGGGGGACAUGUCACGGUGCAGAGAAGAGGUUUGCAUACAACACCAUGACCAAGAGAUGCCAGAUGUUUCAGUACAGUGGCUGCGGGGGAAAUGAGAACAACUUCAUGUCCCGGAGACACUGUAAUAAAAAGUGCAGAAAGGCUACUGGGAUGAAGAUGCCACGAAUAAAGAAGAAAAACCUAAACAUCAUUGCUCAU